AUGAGUCCCCCAGAGAUGACAUUUCCCGACGGUGGGACACGAGCCUGGAUGGUGACUUUGGGAGCUGGCUGUGUGCUCUUCUACUACCAUAUCACCCAUCAACUGAGCGGCUAUAGCGCAUCGGAAAUUGAUCGGAUUGGAUCUGUUGAGAUAUUUUUCCUCUUCGGGGCCGGUGUUGUCGGUGGUCCCCUGUUUGAUCGCCAUGAUGCCAAAGUCAUUUGGGCCCCCUCCCUGAUGGCUGUCUUUGGUGUGAUAAUGACAGCUGUCCGAGUAAUGGGGUUCAUCAUGCUCGGCACACUGGGCUUCGCAUUCUUGGGCAUCCGUGCUCGCUUCCCACCACGGAAGCGCGAGUUCUUCAAGCCCGAGGCUUCCAAGAAGAAGAACUAUAUUGCAACACUGGUGGCGGUCUUCUUACUCAAUGUCGGCAGUUUCACAUCAUUAUUUCACCCCCAGUUGUACGGCAAACAGCAUAUCAUGAGCACGAGCAUGUCCAUCUACGUAAUCGCCAUCCAGAACGGCGCCUCGUUCUUUGGGAGCCUAGUGCCUGGUGUCAUUGUCGACAAGAUCGGGCCUAUGAAUAUGCUGUUUAUCGCAAGUGUCAUUACCAGCAUUGUCACAUUCUGCUGGGUCCAGAUGUCCACUAACGGUCCUAUAAUUGGGUUCGCGAUCUUGUACGGCUUCUUCUCAGGCGGCAUGACCUCCCUAUCACCGGCGGCUUUCUCCAAUUAUUGCAGUAACCCUCAGGUUAUUAACACUUAUAUUGGGAUGAGGAUGGCAGUCAUGUCGGUUGCGACCCUCAUCGACCCCCAAAUGACUGGCGCUCUGCUCAGCGGUUUCUUGUAG